AUGCAUGGCUCUGGUAUUACGAACGAGCAUGUCGAUGCACUGCUUGUGCUCAUUGCCACUGACGAGGCUUUCCACAAACCAUACUUGUGUCGUUUCCUCCUCCUCAACACAAUUGAGAAGUGCGACCUGUGCCGUGCCGGCAGUCGUGCCCAACGACCUGGCACGUGGCGACAAGCGCAACAUGACCCUACUACCAAGCAAUAA